AUGAAAGAAAAUAAUGAUAUUUAUUUUGAAAGUUUAUUUUGGAAAGUUUUUCAUAAUAGAUAUAUUUUAUCUAAAAUAUUGAACCAAAUUUAUAUCAAUGAAUGGUUCAGUUAUUUUAAUUAUGAUGAUUAUAAUAUAAAAAAUAGAAUUAGAUUUAAACAUAUACAUUCAUUAGAUUGGAUGGUAGAUAAUAAUCAAAUCGCAUUGUUAAAAUGUAAAUUGGAGGCAAAGGAAUUCAUCUCAAUAAUAAAUUCAACCUGCUCACUUAAAAAUUUAUUUUGUAAACUCGAAGAAAAUCACCAAAAUAAUAAU